AACUGAUAAAACAAAGAAGAUUCUUGAAAUAGAAUCAUCUUUGGAAUAUUCUGUCUCAUCUUUAAAUUAUCAGAACAUAAGUACAUCGAAAAUUUUGAAUUCUGAAGGAGGCAAAGAAGACAUGGCUUUGGCAUUUACACAUUUGUCUUGGUGGUUAUGGAGUGGAAAGCAACAAGAGCCUAAAAUCUCCGAAGGGGCGUCUUUAAAUACUUCAUCAGAUUGGGGUUUGUGGGAAUCAGAUGCUGUGAAAUUCCCUUUGGUUAAUGUGGGCAAUGUGGUAUCCUCGUCUAGGAGAGUUAAGCCAAAAUGGCGAAGCCGGGAAGAACGGAAAAUUGACCGGGAAUAUGAUGUUGUUUUGGUGCCGUCGGAUGGUGGGUGUGUUUCUGGCUCUGAUUCCGAUGACUCGGAUUGGUCGAUUGGAUGGUUGGAGCCUCAUGGCCCUGGUUUCCAGAGUGAUGAGGAAUCGGAGGAUAGUUUUGCCGUGCUGGUUCCGUGCUAUGGGCAUGGGCAUGGCCGUGAGGAUUUGGACAAGAAUUCAAGGGACUAUUUUUCAGACACAAUUGGAAACAUUCCAGACAUAUAUGCUACUGAGAGCAAGAAGUAUAUGGAGCAAUGGCUCUCUUCCCUCCAGAGCAGCUGACAUACAAGAGUGCCCUUGGUGGCUUGAUCACUUGUAAAAAAAUGUUUGUUGCUCUGCUCUUGCUGCUUGCUGGUCUUCUGGUAGUAACUGAAAAAAAAAAAUACCAAUAAAAAAUAAAGAGAGAAAAAACACAAAAUUAUUAUAAUUUCUUCAGAAAAGAUAAGAGACUGGUUUAUUGUAAAUUUGGUAGUUGAAAGAUUGUCGUAUGCUGUUUUUCAAGUUAAUAUUAGGCUAUCGAGAGAAGAAUCAGCAGAGGAAUGAGGAUGAAUGAUGCUAUUAGCAAUGGAGAAAUCGUUUUCUUUCUUAUUUCCAAUCUAAAGGAAGGGGGAUGGAAAACGAAAAAAAAAAAAAAAAUUAGGGUUUUGUUUGCACCCGUGUGUGUGUGUGUGUGUUUGAUUGCAUAUUCUUUGAUGUGAAUAUGAUUGACUGUACAUAUAAAUGUAGGUCUGUGCUUUAAGAAAGGUGUAGGAAGA